GUCCAGGGCCGAACAGAGGGCCGGAAUACAGUGGCGUUGAAUAUCUUUCAGUGCGAACGAAAUCCGGGCGAAUAUCUUCAUCCGCAGGAGGAGACAGCCAUUGCUCCAGAGGUGCUCCUUUCAAGCGGCGCAGGCUCAAUGAGCCUGACAGUGCGCUUGCUCGAGAGUGGAACUUCCGAUUCUGCAAGGCCUCAGAACGAAGGGCGUUCAGAGAUUGGUAGAUUUUGCAACAUGAGGGCUAUUGCCCUUUGGGGCACCUGUGGCUUCCUGUGGGUGACAGACCGUCCAGCCCUUAGCUUGGGGGAGGAACUACGGAUGCGUGGAUUGAAUUCUGGCAUGAAAGCCUUGACUGCAUAUGCUUUCCUAUCCAAAUACAAUUUGGACAUUGGUCGCAUCAACUACAAGAUCCGGCCCAAGUGGACGUGGCUGCACCCGUUCAAAGCCAUGGAACAAAGGUCCCAAAUGCGCGUGUGUCCUGUGGUUAACUUUGGUGACCAGCAGACGUAUCAGCGAGACACUGAGUGCGCAAGGCAUGCUGUUCUGAAAGGAGGUGUGGUCAUGAACGAAGGCUUGCUCGAAAAUGCAGUUGAUAUUGGGGCCGCUGAUACCCUUCCAGUCCCUUGGCAGCAGGCAUCUGAAGCUGAGAUUGCAGACUCGAUGAGGAAGCGCUCGGCACAGCCUGUGGAACCUCCGGCGAAGCGGACUCGCUGUGUGGAGAAACGGUCAGAGGCCGUCGCAGCGACUGCCACGGCGGCUGUGCCUAAGACGGCUGCCAAGAGCAAGCCAUCAUCUCCCCCGGGGUUAGCACCAAGCCCUGAGACGUUGGAGCGCAAGAACUCGAAGGAGCAGGAAGUGCAAUCGGGCUGGUUCACCCCAGAAGAGAUGGCUCACACUUUUGGGCUGGUCAAGGACAAGUAUUCCGACAAGAUGGACCGCUACUAUGUUGACUUCAAAGGCCAAUCGUCCCAAAGAAACUCUGUUACAGUCCGUGGCAGUGCCGAACUUGAGCUUCGUGGGGACUUCCUUCCUUUGGGAUUCUUGGCAGUUAAGCCCGAUGAGGAGGAAGAGCAGGUUGAAGAUAUGUCUUCGUUGGAUGCAGCUAAGAAAAAAGAAAAGACCUUUGAAGAAAACAUGUUGAAGAAGCUGUCCAAAAUGACAGACCUGAUGUCUCGCCUCGAUGCUUUGACUUCCAGCCCAGAUUGCCGCGUCAGCAAGUGCAUCAAGAACGUGGAGACCAAGAUGGAGUCUGCCCAGAAGGUAUUUGAUAAGUUCAGCGCUUUGAGGGUUGAGCUGGAGAGCUUGGAUACCCGGUCUGAUGAGUAUCCCGGUCUUUGGAGAAAGCGUCGACGAAACAGGCCAAAGCAAAGGCUGAAGCUGAUGGUGGAGCUUGAGCUGGGUUCUACAAGCUAUGGUGGGAGGGAACCUGAGCUUGAUGGUCUAGCCCACAUGGUGAGCAAGGGAGCAGUGGACGUCAAUCGAUGUGGCCAAAGCCGCCAUUGCGUCAGUGAGAAGGUCUCCUGUCGAGAUGUGAUUCGGCAAGCGAGGUUGACACGGGUCAAGUCGAAAGGCUUGCAGGCCCUAGCAAAGGUCAACUUGCAUCGAUCAGAAUCGGGCGCCCAUCGAGUUUUCAAAGAGUUUGAACAGUCGGCACCAGUAAAAAUUAGCAGGAUAGAUCUGCCCACCAAGAAACGGUUUCCUUGGAUCAAGUGCAGUGACUGGCUAAAGUAUUUGGUUUCAACAGACCGGUUGGACCUGGUGGUAGGUGUCCAAGAUUUUGGGGAGAUGAAGCCUCUGCUCCAAGAAUUUUGGGCCCGUUACUAUGAAAUUGCUCCACAGCAUGAAAUCUUUCGCAAGCAUCGAGAUGGUUUGGUUGACCUCAGCCGGGUGGUGCCCCUUCUCCACCAUGGCGACGAAGGCCGAGGCUACAAACGGCUUCAGGUCAUGGUUGGCUCCACCCAUGGCAUGUUGGGCGGUGGAAGUCGUGUUACUGACCCAUCCAAAGUGAAGCCCGCAUCGAGUUGCAAAACGGAUGAUCCCAUGAAGGUCAACCUUGUAGGAAAUACAUGGCUGACGCAUUUCAUUCAUUUCCUCAUGCCGGUAGCUGACUACAAGGAUUGCCCAGAGGCAUUCCUUGCUGUGAUUGAAGCGCUCGCGGACGACUACAAAAUGCUGUGCAAUGAAGGCAUCAAGGAGUUCGGUGCCCGACCAUCAUGGCUGCGGACCGUGGAAGUUGCUGCUCCUUGGACUGCAGAGGCGGUGAAGAACAUCAACCGGGCGAUCAGAGGCUUGUACCAGAAUGGGGUUUGGAUUGAAAGGCGGGAGGCUCAUGACAUUGCCACCUCCGGCAUUGAAUUCCUGCGGCUCUAUGCACGACUUGCCCGGAUGGCUUACCAGAACAAUAUCAAGAAGUUUCCUUUGCAGCCGAAAUUUCAUUACCUCAAUCAUACUUGGGUCACCCUUUUGGAACAAAGCCGACAACACAAGUGGAAGGAGCACGAGAAGGUCAUCGUCAAGCCAUGGCCCAAAUGUGAAUUCCGCUUCCAGUCGAUCGACUCCAAGCUGUCCAUUGCCUUGCAGAAUAUGGUGGAUGCUGCUGGUGAAACGGCAUUCGAGGUCAAGGUGCGGAUUAGACAGAGGAGUCAAGUACUUGGUAAGGAGGGGAACUUCCUAAUGGGCAGAGAGAUCUUAGCAAUGGUACUUGAUCAUUUCAGAACGACAUCUAAAGAUGAAGUGUUGUUCAAUGCCAGCCACAUCUACAAACUACAGUAUCGUGGUGACAAAGAGAUGGACAAGUUCCUCAAUGCAUGGAUCGAAAUCAUCGCCAACAUGAAAGUUGAGGACAUUCCAUCUGACAACACACUACGUGAUCACCUCCUGAGGAAGAUUGAAAACUCCCAAGCGCUGCAUGUCGACCUCACGAUCUUCAAAGGCAGAGAUACUGAUGACAAAAGGAAGUCCUAUGAAGAGUUACUGGAGAUCAUGAAGAGGCACAUUGCACGUGCGCGUGCGGAUAGGAACAUUGCAGCCAGGGACAAGUUUGCCACUGACUACACCAAUCUUGGUAAGCCAACGACUCCUGCACCAAAGCCUGCGGCUCCAACUCCUGCGCCAAAGGAUGGCAAGAACGGAAAGCCGAGUGCACCAGCACCCAAGGGUAAGCCUGGAGCCCCAGUUCUUCCUUCUGGCAAUCUUAAGAGCCACGGCAAAGGGAAAAGCAAGGGUGGUCGAAGAUCGAGAUCACCUUCUACCAAAGAUACCUCCAAGACCUUUUGUCACUUCCAUUUCAACAAAGGGAAUUGCAAACAUGGUGACAAGUGCCAAUACAGCCAUUCUCAAUACCAUUGGGAUAGGAGGAAGGACAAUGGUGGCAAGGGCAAGAGUGGCAGAUCGGCUACUCCAAGAAGGUCACAGACUCCUGGUGGAAAGAAGGCCACUCCUGCGCUGGUCCGUGAAUAUGAUGAUGACUUCAUCGUGAAAGCUGUGCCGAGCGAGAAGAAGAACAAGAUGGAUGACUAUCGGCCCACAUCUGACCACGAGGCCGAGUUGGUGAUGAAAGUGUUGGGUCUCAUGGGCAACAACAGCAAUGCAUCGAGAUCACCUGAUUUCCUUGAAGAUCAACAAGACGACGAUGAUGAUGACGAAGACGAUGAUGACGGAGACGAUGGCGAUGAUAAGCCCGAGAAAGGGAAGAUCACCAAUCGUGUUGAACACCAAGAAGAGGAAUUCAAACGCAUGAUGGAGGAAGUGGACAUCAAACUCAACAAGGAGAAAGACGAUGGAGCUGAAGUUGCUGAUGGACCUCCCAUGCCUCCUCCUGAUGGUGAACCUCCUUAUGACGGACCUGAACAUCAUUCAAUGGGCAAACCUGGUGACGGCAUCAUCUACCUCAGCGACAUUGGCGAGCACGUUAAGCUCGACAAACGUGGACGGCCUUAUCGAGUUGGUCCAGAUGGUCGCAAAGAAGUAAGAGGAUCGCCAAGACCAAAGAGUAGCUACAGCCCUGAAGAACGGAGAUCAUUAUCCGCCAAGGAGAGAGAUGUCAUCAUUCGUCGUGGAAAACUUGAAGAAGAAGCUGAGAAGCUCAAGGAGAUCAAGUUGAAGAAAGAGAAAGAGAAGAAAGCCAAAGCAGAGAUUGCUGAAAAGAAGCAGAAGUCCGAUGCUAGUUCACACAAAGAUCCAACAAAAGACGAAGGACGAAAGAAGAAGAAAAAGAGUAAUAGAGACUCAAAGGAGAAUUCAGGCAAAGAUGGCAGCAAGGACGCUGCUGUCGGCGUGGGGAUGCUCCGAGGUGAGUGGGAACGUAUGUCUACGCCCCGCGAUCCAAUGACGAGGCUGAACCACAAAAGAGGUCGCAACCCAUGGGAAUGUUUGUCAACAACCCAUGGAGCAAGUGAUCUCACCGACAUCAAGAAGUACAACAAUGCAAUCCGAGGCGUCGACAAGAUGGCCACAAGACCGAUCUUCGUAUCGCUCUGCAAGGACCCGAGAUUCCAUGGCAUACAAUCUGGUAUCCAGGAAGUGGCAGUGGAUUCGGCAGACAUCUUGAGGAGCUACGGGAUCAUGGUCACGACUGAUUGUGGCAUGUGGGAUCGUGUGAAGCAGAUCUUCACUGGGAAACGUGGAAGACAAUACACCGUCAUCCGAGAGGAGUUCAUGCUGGAGGAUGAUCAAGGUAUGUUGGACCUGGCCAACAUGACGAAGUCGCAGAUCACGUUCAUGGAGACAAAGGCCGAUCCAGGUGAGCUGCUUGCGGGCCUGGAAGCGUCGCUCAACAUCUUCCAUGGAACUACGAGAUCUACCACGACUCCCAACACCAAGAGAGAUGGAUCAAGAAUCACGGAGCCCAUGAACUACGAGGAACAGCAGGAAGAGGAGGACGAACGA